AUGUCACACGUUGUCGCUUGUUUAUAUACUUCUAAGGAUAUCACCUUCAAGAAAGCCAUUAGUGUGUUCCUUAAGGUCUGGGGUAGACUUGUGGUCACAUUUUUGUGGUGGUUCAUCGUGGCGCUUAUAUGGUCCACUGUGGCAUCUUUAUUGUAUUUCUGGUUUUUCGCAAGUCAGAACGGAUUUGAAUAUAACAUUCCUACGACCAAAAAUGCGAUAGUUAUUAGUAGUAUAUCAAUACCUUACGGUGCCGGAUUACUUUACAUGAUCCUUGUUUGGAGCACCGCAACAGUAGUAUCGGUGCUGGAAAAAGAUUAUGGUAGAAAAGCCAUGAUAAAGAGUAUAAAAUUGAUUUGGGGUAAGACAUUGGUUUCUUGUGCCAUUCUUCUUGUGCUUGCAAUUUUGGUUGCCGGUAUACGUUACCCUUUCAUUGUGUUCGUGGUUCUUGGGAAGAUAUCGUCGCUAACAGGAAAAGUAUUUUUAGGAAUGGCUUGUUAUUUGUUGAUGAUUGUUCUCGUUCAUUUUAGUCUUGUCAUCCAGACGGUCAUCUACUUCGUUUGCAAAUCUUACCACAACGAAGACGUAGUGAACGCUGCUCAACACCUUGAAGGUCCUUAUGCUCAUAUAAGUGGGGAGAAAGAGGUUCAAUUAGAACCUGCAGCAAUGGUUUGA